AUGAAAUGGAUUGUUUUGUUUUAUAUUCUUAUCCUUGUACAGUCUCAAAAACAUGAAUUAGUACGAUGCGUUACAAAUGGAAGUAUAUGCGAAAAUAAUAUUAAUGAAAAUGGAGAAAUAAUUAAGGGUGGUUGUGAUAUUAUUACAAUUACUUCAAAGUUUACUUUUGAUGAAACUUGUUUAGUUGAAAGAGAAGAAGUCAUUUUAAUUAUUCAAAAUAAAGUAGAAUUAACUAUUUCAAAUGAAGUUACAAAUAAAUAUACAUUAUUAUUAAAAGAUGGUGCAGAUGUGAAAAUUAAUGGAAUAAUUACUCAAAACCAAAUUAAAUUUGAAACACAAAAAGCAAAAAUAUCUUUAUCAAUUUUUAUUGAUUUUGAUAUUUUUAAUAUAACGCAAUUUCCUUUUUUGAAAUUCGAAAGUACUGGAAAAUUGACUGUCACUAAUUCUAGAUUUAUUUUAGAUAAUUUGCAAUAUUUAAUUGCCGAUAACAUAGAAUUUGAUUCUUCUUCGGUAUUAUUAAAAAAUAGUGAUGGAUUACAAAUGAAAUCAUUACUUCUUAAUAACUCAACUUUAACUAUGAUUCCUAACACUGAAUUAAUUACAUGGUCAUUUACAUCAAUUAAUAAUAGUUUUAUUUAUUUAGAUGAUUCUAUUCUCAGUGUUAUUGAUUCAUUUGAACUUAAAGAUACUUUUUUUAUGGGAUCAUCGAAAUGUUUCUUAGAUUUAUCUUCAGUUAUAUUAGCCAAAUUAACAAAUACAAUUUUUGAACUUGGAAAUAAUGGUGUUCUUUUGGUUAAUGAAUUAGAAGAAUUUGGAGUCUCUAGUAUUGUUUUACAAUCCCAAAAUCAUUUUUUUACUUCACAACUUUCUUUAACUGAUGAAUCGAAUUUUACUCUCAUUGGUAAGAGUAAAUUUUUUGGAACUUCAGUCGUUAUAAAGAAAAAAAGUCAUUUUACAUUAGAUGGAAAUAUAACAUUUUCAGAUACAUUUGAUUUAACUUGUUAUGAAGAUUCUAUAACUACUUUUAAUGGAAGUAUUAUUCCUCCUUUUACUAAACUUGAAUUUUAUAAUAAAAGUAAGUGGGAAAUUUAUCAGGAUCAUCCAUACUCAUUUAUUUUUAAUACUUCAUCCACUUCAAAGUCAUUAUAUAAACGAUUUGGUAUGUUUGAUGAAUCAACAUUAUAUGUUCAUUCACCACCAGAAGAACUUUCAUUAUUUCACAUCUUUCUUGGGGAAGUUAUGUUUGACCCAUAUGUAACAAUUAGUACAUUUACAGGAGAAUGUUUCUAUCUAGCUGUUUUUGAAAUUCAUAAUAACCUUGCUAUGACACUUAAAAAUCCUCAUUUUAUUUUAUUAAAUGAUAAUAGACUAUGUAAGUAUUGUCCAAAUCAUAUUGACCCUUAUCAACAUUGUUAUAUGAAUGGAACUCAAUGGCCUAAUCCUUUAUCAGAAGACAUUAAUAUUCCUUAUCCAUUUACUUCUAGGUUAUGUCCUUGUUUUGGAACUAACUGUAUAACACAUUCUUUAACAGGUUUAUUAUAUAUUGGUAAUUCUACUAUUCAUAGUACCUUUGUUGAUAAACGAGUUCAAGUACAUAUUCUUCAAACAUCUAGUUAUUAUCAAUUUAUUAAUGGGUCUAUUGAAUCAAUUCAAUUUGACAAUAUUGGAUUUUCUAUUUUACCAUUAUAUUUAGUUGGAGAUGAGUCUAUGUCAAUUACAAAUGAACCAACAAAUAUUAACGAUUAUAGAAUUUUUUUUAGUAGAGACUAUGAUGGAUUUUCUUUAUCAGAAACUUUUAUUUCAUCAACUGAAUUAAUGACAAGUGCUUAUGGAAUUAGUUCAUCUAAACUAAAACUUAUUGUUCAAUCCCAUUAUCCUAUUAUUAUUAAAUAUGAUAAGUAUAAUCAAUUUCUUUAUCAUAAAGUUAGUGAAGGUGACCUUCCACUUUAUCUUGUGUGUUUAAAUGGAAUAAGAAAUUUGUUACAACUUGCAAGUAGUAAACUAUGUUCUUCUGCUUAUUUAUUAAACAAUAAAAUGAAUUGUUUAACUAAAACAAGUAUUACUUGUCCAGAAUAUUAUUUUAGUAAUUCUUAUUAUACCCUUUGUUCUAAAUGUAAAAAAGAACAUUGUCAACGAUGUACAUCAACAACAUGUCUUAUUUGUGAUGAUAAUUAUUAUCUUAAUACUGAAGGAUCUUGCGUUCCAAUGGAAGAAAAAUGUCUUGUAGCACAACACAAUAGAUGUAACCAUUGUUCUAAUGGAAAUGUUGUAUUGAAUGGAAUAUGUUCAGACGCAUUAUCCAAUUGUGGUGAUUCUUUUGAAGGUCAUUGUUAUUUAUGCCAACAAACAACAUCAACUUCUGUUAUUUCUAUGAAUGGACAAUGUUUUGAAAAAGAACAUACAGAAAUUGUUUCAAGUGGUUCAAUUGUUUUUUGUACUGAAGGGUAUUAUACUAAUGGAUUACAGUGUAUGUCUUGUACAACAAUUACUCCAAAUUGUCAAAUUUGUGAAAAUAAAAAAUGUACUAAAUGUCUAAACCCACUUCAACUACAAUCAGAUGGUUCGUGUGGAAUUCCUCAUUGUCAAAUUGAAGAAGAUGGAAAAUGUUCAUUAUGUGAAAACGGAUAUAUUGUUGAUCUUAAUAAAUUAUGUUCUAAGCAAGUUUCUCAUUGUACUCAAAUGUAUCAUGAACAAUGUUUUGAAUGUGAAGAGAAUUAUUUAUUAUAUGGAAAUAAAUGUGUAAGAGAUAUAACUCAAAUUCCUCAUUGUUCUUUUGUUUCAACAAAAAUGUGUGAACGAUGUGAAGAUGGAUAUUAUAAAACAAAAUUUGGAGAAUGUAAACAUUGUAUAGGACAUUGUAGAACAUGUUUAUAUAGUUCUGAUUUUUGUUUAACAUGUGAUAAUAAAUCAUUUAUUCAAAACCAUCAAUGUAUUAUUAAUGAAGAAUUAAAAAGUGUUUGUAAUACUUUUGCAUUAACUGGAGGUUGUGCGACAUGUAAUGAGGGAUAUUAUAAAACAGGAUUAAUUUGUGGAAAAUGUAUGGAAGAAUGUGCUACUUGUAAUAAUGAGUGGAGUUGUUUAAGAUGUAAUUCAACAAAUUAUUUAUCAAUUGUUGAUAAUAAAUGUUAUUCUCGUUCAUCAAUUAAAGGAUGUCAUCAUCCCGUUACAGAAAGUGGAUGUUCAAUUUGUGAAGAUGGAUAUUAUUUAUUUGGAAAUACAUGUAUAGCAUGUAAUAGUUCAUGUACUCGUUGUACAUCCUCUUUAUGUUUAAGUUGUAGUUAUAAUUAUAUUUUAGAUUUUGGUACUUGUAUUCCAUUAUCAUCAGUUUCACAUUGUUUAAGAGUUUCAAAUUCAUCUUGUGCUUCAUGUAGUUUUUGGUUUCAAGUAAGCUCAAGUCAUACAUAUUGUGAAAUAGCUCCAGUAUGGUGGGUUAUAGUUUUAAUUAUUUUAGUAUUAAUCAUGUUAUUAAUAAGUAUUGUUAUUUUAACAGGUUGUAUUGCGCGUAUGGUAUUGAAAAAAGUAAUUCGAGCAAAAGAAAUAUCUUAUCAUACUGUUAGUAUUGACUCUGAACAAUUUUCAUUUAAAAAAGUGUUUUUUCGUUCACUUGCUCUUGAAAAUAAAAUCUUUCACUUUGAUAAUCAAACUGAAUUACCAGUUUGUGUUCCAACAGAAGUUAUUAUAAACGUUGGGAAUAUAAGUAAAAAUUCUAUUCGAGUACAAUUUAUAAAAGUUCAAGAAGUUAAUAACCAUGUAAGAUUUUCUAUUUCAAUUACACCAGAAGUAGUUAUUUUGAAAAGAAAUACUGCUAUUUCAAUAAAAAUGGAAGUAAUACCAUUUUGUACAUGUCAUAUUGAACAAAAAAUAGAGAUAAUUGUUUAUGAUUUAAAAACUAAAGAACAACAUAAUAAAGUUGUUCAUUUUGAUGCAUUAACAGAAACAUCUUUUAAAUUAGAUCCAAAAUCAAUUUCUAUAAAAGAUGAAGAGCUUGGAACUGGAGGAUAUGGUAGAGUUGUUAAAGGAGAAUAUAACCGUAAACUUGUUGCUAUUAAGUUUAUGCAAAAUAAUAAUGGAUGUUCAGAUGUUUUUGGAAAUUUAGGCAAAGAAAUUGAAUUAUUAGAAAAGUUUAGGUGUGAAUAUAUUGUUGAGUUCUUAGGAACAGUUGAAAUAAACAAACAGUAUUGUAUUGUCUUAGAAUUAGCAGGGUAUGGUAGUUUAAGAGAUUUGUUUACAACACUUCCUACUUUAUCCUUUGAUUUAAAGAAAAAAAUAUUACUUGAUGUUGCAAAAGGAAUUAAAUAUCUUCAUGCUAAUGGAGUGUUACAUAGAGAUAUAAAAACAGCUAAUAUUUUAAUAUUUUCAUUAGAACCAAAUAUUCCAGUUAAUGCAAAAAUUACUGACUUUGGAUUUUCAAGAAACGUUAGUACAUUAAUGACAAACAUAAAUUAUACCUAUGGAGUUGGAACUGUGAGUUAUAUGGCACCUGAAAUAUCCUUAAGAGAACCAUAUAAAUUUCCAGCUGAUAUCUUUGCUUUUGGAAUGGUUAUUUUUGAAACAAUUAAAUGGGGUGAUGCGUUUGAACAAAAUGACCCUCGGUUUAAAUACAACUGGGAUAUAUCAGAAUUUAUUAUGUCAGGAAAGCGUUUAGAAAAGCCAGAAAAUAUGUCUGAAUCUGUUUAUAGUUUUGUGGUAACUUGUUGGGAUAAAGAUCCUAAGAAAAGACCUAGGAUAAAUGAAGUAGAAGAAGAACUAUUAAAACUUGAAGAAACACUAUGA